AUUGCGCGGGAACCGUACUGCUGUGCGCGCGUCCGGGGGCGCGCUUUGACGUCAGGAGUUGUCGCUGUGCACUCUCCUCGGCAGCUGCUGCUAGAAUUGAGCCUGCAGAGGACGGCAAUAGAGAAACAGCAAACAUGGCAACGGGGACGGCAGAGGCAGAGACCAGGCAGAAGCUGCUGAAGACGGUGAAGAAGGAGGUUAAACAGAUCAUGGAAGAAGCUGUUACCAGAAAAUUUGUCCAUGAAGACAGCAGCCAUAUCAUCUCAUUCUGUGCUGCAGUUGAAGCAUGUGUUCUGUAUGGCUUGAAACGUAGAGCUGCUGGUUUCCUACGUAGUAACAAAAUUGCUGCCUUGUUCAUGAAAGUGGCAAAGAGCUUUCCUCUGGCAGAACAACUUUGUAAGAAGGUGCAAGAUCUUGAACAGCUCUUGGAAAACAAGAAGAAUCAGAUGCAAGGUGUCCAGGAGAGUGUACGGAAGGCACAUAAGCUCCCUAAUCUGUCUCCACAAGCUAUUAAAUACCUCUGGAUUCGAACUGCACUCAUUGAAAAGUUGUUAGAUAAAAUUGUCCUUUACCUGGUGCAGAACUGCAACAAAUAUUAUGAAAAAGAAGCACUUUUUAUGGAUCCUGUGGACGGUCCAAUCCUUGCCUCUCUGUUAGUUGGACCAUGUGCUCUGGAAUACACAAAAAUGAAAACUGCAGACCACUUUUGGACAGACCCAUCUGCAGAUGAGCUGGUUCAGAGACACCGCAUCCAUAGUUCUCACUGUCGGCAAGACUCUCCCACUAAGAGGCCUGCCCUGUGUAUUCAAAAGCGGCACUCCAGUGGAAGUAUGGAUGACAGACCAUCAAUGUCAGCUCGUGAUUAUGUUGAAUCAUUACACCAAAAUUCCAGAGCUACUCUACUUUUUGGAAAGAACAAUGUCAUAGUUCAGCCCAGGGAUGACAUGGAAGCAAUUCCAGGAUAUUUAUCUCUUCACCAGGCCGCAGAUACAAUCACUUUGAAAUGGACACCAAAUCAACUCAUGAACGGAUCAGUUGGCGAUUUAGAUUAUGAAAAAAGUGUCUACUGGGACUUUGCAAUGACAAUACGUCUGGAGGAAAUUGUGUAUUUACACUGUCACCAACAAGUAGACAGUGGAGGGACAGUGGUCCUGGUGAGUCAGGAUGGUAUACAGAGGCCACCACUUAGGUUUCCCCGGGGUGGACACUUGCUGCAGUUUCUUUCAUGUUUGGAGAAUGGACUUCUUCCUCACGGACAGCUGGAUCCUCCUCUGUGGUCUCAAAGAGGGAAGGGGAAAGUCUUCCCCAAACUGAGAAAGAGAGGUCCCCAGGGUUCAUCAGAAUCUGCAUCGGAUAAGGAAGAAGAUGAAGCUACAGAUUAUGUUUUCAGAAUUAUUUACCCAGGGAGUCAGUGUGAGUUUGUAGCUCAGGAACUUAUAGAUCCCCAGGGAGAGGGGCUGCCUUCUAUGUGGCAACCUAGCACACGAAAAUCCUCCUGCUCAUCCUGUUUACAGAGUGGAUCUUUGAAUGGAGGACCCUCCAAUGGCUGUAAUCAUGAGAGAGCUCCACUUAAGAUGCUUUGCGACAAUAUGAAGUACCAGAUUGUUUCUCGGGCAUUUUAUGGAUGGCUUGCCUACUGCAGACACCUUUCUACUGUGAGAACGCACUUAUCGGCUCUAUUUAAUCAUAAGAUUGUGUAUUCCGACGUACCUGUUGAUGCUAGCUUUGGGUUGACGGUGGCAAUCUGGCAAAAAUAUUUAGAAGAUAGUAAGAACUAUGAAGAGCAGGAGCUUUUACGUAUGAUUUACUAUGGGGGUAUUCAACAUGAGAUCAGGAGAGACGUUUGGCCUUUUCUUCUUGGACACUAUCAAUUUGGCAUGACAGAAGAAGAGAGAAGAGAGGUAGAUGAUCAAAUCUGUGCCUGCUAUGAGCAGACGAUGGCAGAAUGGGUGGGUUGCGAGGCUAUUGUUAGGCAACGAGAGAAGGAAUCUCAUGCAGCUGCUCUUUUAAAGUGUUCUUCGGGGGCCAGUCUAGAUAUCCAAAUCCAAAAGAUGAUGCACAGGGACUCUACAGUCAGCACUGAGUCCUCUCAAAGCUGCAGCUCUGAAAUCCAAAAUCAUGCUCGCUUGCAGAGUGAUUCCAGCACAAGUACACAGGUGUUUGAGUCAGUAGAAGAAGCAGAACAAAUAGAAGCCAGAAGUGAGGACAGCAAACCUACUAAGAUUGCUAAUGGAACUAUUGCUAAUGGAACCUGCUCUCCUGAUUCAGGUCAUCCUUCUUCACGAAAUUUCUCCAUUACCUCUGGGUAUUCUGAACAGAGCUUUAGCACAGAUGACAAUGCUUCUCUGGAGACCAACAAAAACUCUCUGCACUUGCACUUGAAACAGGGGGCUACUGAGGUAAAAAAACAAACCACCUCAGAUAUUAUUCUGCCAGAUAACAAGACAGCAGAAGUGCUUCCCAUUCAGGACAGUUUGGAUGGAGAGGUGACCGCUAAUGAGAGCAUAGAUUAUUUUCUUUCCAUUACUGAUAGCACAGACGAUCUCCUGCCAGACAAGGAGACAGCUGUGCUCUCAGUUAUAGAAACGUGGCCGGACCGUGAAGCAGAUAAAGAGAGCUUAGCUGAAAGUGAAGAUAACUUGUCUGAAGAACCAGAGAUGGAGAGUUUGUAUCCACAGCUUGACUCAUUGGUGGUCAUUGAUGCUACGAUGUGUGAGAUGUCUCCUGUUUCUUCAACAGGAGUGACAUAUUCACAAGAACUCUUGGACAUGUACACCAUAAAUCUACAUCGCAUUGAAAAGGAUGUGCAGAGAUGUGACCGGAACUACUGGUAUUUCACACCAGCCAACCUGGAGAAGCUACGCAAUGUCAUGUGCAGCUAUGUCUGGCAGCACAUUGAGAUAGGAUAUGUUCAAGGCAUGUGUGAUCUCCUGGCUCCUCUCUUGGUGAUACUAGAUGAUGAGGCAAAGGCCUUCAGCUGUUUUACUGAAUUGAUGAAGAGGAUGAACCAGAAUUUUCCUCAUGGAGGUGCCAUGGACACCCACUUUGCCAACAUGAGAUCUCUGAUUCAGAUUUUGGAUUCAGAACUUUUUGAACUUAUGCAUCAAAAUGGUGACUACACUCAUUUCUACUUCUGUUAUCGCUGGUUCCUUCUUGACUUCAAACGGGAAUUGGUAUACGAUGAUGUCUUCUCAGUUUGGGAGACCAUUUGGGCAGCCAAGCAUGUCUCCUCUGCCCAUUUUGUCUUAUUCAUUGCCUUAGCUUUAGUGGAGGUUUACCGGGAUAUUAUUCUUGAAAACAAUAUGGACUUUACAGAUAUAAUCAAAUUCUUUAAUGAGAUGGCUGAGAGGCACAAUAUAAAGCACAUCCUGAAGCUUGCUCAAGAUUUGGUAUACAAGGUCCAGACUCUCAUAGAAAACAAAUAAGAAGAAGCACAUCUUCAAAUACACAUUGCCACCUGUACUGCCAUGGAUCCCUGCAGUUCAUCCUCUGCAAUGCAGCCCUGCAGCUGUGGGUUAAAGGGUUAUACACUACAUCUGCUAAGUUAUUUCAGCCAGUUUCAGAAAGAGAACACAGAAAAUGUAAAUGUUCUGAUUUUCCACACUCACUCUUUUUCCUCACUGGUAUUAGUAGUUUAUUGAUUAGGCCUCAAAAUAAGAUCCUUCUAGUCACUAAAUUCAGCUUUUCAACUGGGAUUGCAGUGGGCAAGGAAAUCAGCAGAAUUUAUUAUUCUGCAACUCUGCCCUACCUUGUAUAGUAACUCACUCAAUAUGCACAAUAUUUGUUAACCUCCAUUUUUAAAGAUUUCUGUAGUCAACUACACUAACAUUAUUUUAAAUAACAUUAUUUUACUUAUUCAUUUUAAAAUAUUAAUACUAAAAACAGUGGAAUUAGACUGUGAGUUCUACAUCCCCUAUUGCCGGCACACAUAUUAAUUUAUGCAAAUAACCCUAAACUGGCCUUAUGCGCAGCCUGUAUUAAAUGGGGAUCUUCAUCUUGUGAUCUUGUCGCUUCAGAUUCCAGGAUUCUCUAACAGCCUUGCAUUUGCAGAGCCACAGUUUGAAUUGUUUUAUCCUUGGAUGCUCUUACAUUGCAGGGAAGGCUUUUAGGCACAAAAAUAGACUGUACUUAAAGUAAAUGAAAAUUAAUUCUCUUUAUUGUUAAGUAGUAUACUUUGCAUUUACACUGACGAAUGCUGCUAAAUAUGUGAGGAUGCUUUUGGCAAUUUCAAACAAUACGAUAAAACAUCACUCAUUGCUCGAAACCUUAGAAAGUUUCAUGGUGGUUUCCACAUGGUGAAUUAUUGUAUGGUGCAGAGACAUCAUCAGGUACUGUUGACGUUUACAAGAUGAUGGCAAACAAAUGAAACCAAAUUCAGACUUAAGUUGUCCUGCUACCUCAUUCCCAUUAUACUGUGGCAGGCUUAUUUAUUUACUCAUUUAUGCUUUCAUGUGUUAAGCAUAACAGGUUUGGUCUCACUCCAUUUAUCACAAAGGUCUAUAUAAAUACACUAGUAAACCCUCAAAGUAAUUCUGCUCUAAGUCCUUUGUCAAAAGAAACACUGCAUUUCUUUCCUUCUUUUGUGUACCCAUGGGCUUCUGUAU